AAAAAUAAUUGCAAUCCAAAUAAUAUUUAAAAGUUUGAAGAUCUCCAGAGUUCCUACAAAUUUAUCUAAAAUUUUCUCAUUAUCAAUUAAGUAAAUACAUAGUUUAAUAUUAAAACCAAAUAUGAAAGAUACUCAACAAAAUCAAGGGGUACAUCAUAACGGUGUUUAUGAGAUGACCAAAGAAGAACCAUCAGAAACAGAUGAUCCGUUUCAGGAUUUAAUGGAAAAAGCUGGCAAUCAUGGUCGUUUUCAGUUAAUUUAUAAUAUAAUCUUUGUGAUGGGUCUAGCAGGUGCUGGUGCUAUGACUUAUAUGAAUAUAAUUUUAGCGUUAAAUAUACCUGAUCAUUGGUGUACAGUGCCAGGAAGAGAAAAUACAAAUUACACAUUAGAAGAGUGGAGGAAUCUUACAUUACCUUUAGAAAAGGAUAAUCGAGGCCUAGAAAAAUUUAGUAGCUGCGAAAUGUAUAAUACAAGUUUUACAAAUAUCAUGGAUGGGAACUUAUGGAAUAAUGUCACAAAACCGAAUGUAACAGUUUGCCAACAUGGUUGGAGUUAUGAUCAGACCUGGUACGAGAGCACCAUUCCCACACAGGAGAAUUGGGUUUGUUCAAAGGAUUUGUUUGUAACAAAUGUUUUUGUUGUUGGACGCGUUACAGAAGUUGUUGGUGCAUUCGUGCUAGGACAAAUGGGUGACAUUUUUGGUCGUCGUCCAGUUUACUAUAUUAGCGUUGCUUUUUGUUCAUUAGGUCGCAUGCUAUCCAUUUGGACCACAAGUUCUUAUACUUGGUUUCUAAUAUUUACGGGCUUUGCUGGUCUAACCGUUAAUAGUUUAUUUCAAUCGCCUCAAAUUGUUGGCAUGGAAAUCUCAAGAGAAAAGGAUCGCAGUGCAAUUGCUUUUUAUCAAAGUUUUGGCUGGUCCAUUGGUACAACGGUGAUGCCAUUACUUUUUUGGUGGCUACGUGAUUGGGAAUCCUUUAUGUGGUACACUUCAAUACCAACGGCACUGGUUUUGCUUUUUUCCAAAUACGUCAUUGAAUCGCCACGUUGGUUGAUUAGCAAACGUCGUUUUGCCGAUGCCAUUGUGCAAUUUAAGAAGAUAGCGAAAAUAAAUGGUCAUCAAUUCGAUGUGACGGAAAAGGAAUUAGCUGGACUUUACAAAGGAAUGGAUGCAGAGCCAGUAUACGGUAUUGCUUCACUCUUCAACGGCUGGCGUUUGGCGCGUAAUACAACAAUUAUGGGCUUUUCUUGGUAA